CACGAUCGUGGCAAUGAAUUCGCUUCAAAUAAACGUGCAGUUAGUAAUGAUUUAAUUAUCCCAUCGUAAAUCAUCCUUCUGUACUUUGCUGUCCAAUAAAUAACCCAAUAAAAAAAUUCCCAGACAUACAUAAAACAAACACCAAACUAAAUUGCAUCCAUAACAUUAGCACGCAAAUCAAACAGCAACGAACCAUCCAGUUUAAAAAACCAUAACUUAAAAGGAAAACAUCAGCAACAUCGACAGUUGACCAAUUCUAAUUGAUUAGGUAAUACCUUUUAUGAUUGAUUAUGCUUAUUGAUACUGCCCUUUUUGGCCUUCAAAGUGAAAACAGUUUUCUGCUCUGCUGGUGGCCGUGUGAGCGAUACCCGCAUAAGCUGACAUCCGACAAACGGACGAUGAGCCCAUACCACAAACUCUCACCGGACCCUAACCGUUCAUAAUAAUAACAAACUUCGGGGUUGGAAACGAUGAAUUCCCACUCCGAUAGGUCCGAUCUAUUAUUCAUCAAUCAACCAAUGGGUGGGAUUAAUGCCGCUCGAAACGGAUCGAUCGGAAAGGUUUCAUCUGCCAAUUUCGCUCGAAUCGCACAGCGCCUCACAGGGUUGGAGUGUAGUUGGUUGUUGCAUCGGAAAAUUCCUUGCAGCAUAUGGAUUUAAGCGUAAAGGAUGCGGCGGUAUAUUACAUUCCUUCCUAGAAUUGUUCGUGGUCAAAUAAUAAGCUAUAAAAGAAUGUUCACUGUGAGUUACUGUAUGUCUUAAAAAAAAGCGUAUAACAUACGAAAAAGGAGAAAGGUUCAUCUGAGCUUUUGUCUUCCGAAAUCAAACAUACGAGAAUAAUAUAACUUAUAACAUGAUACCGUUUCAUUGUUUUCGUUUCAUUCGGAAUAGUUGAAUUCAUGGAGAAAAAGGCUCUGUUUUAUGCACACGCUAUGAAAACUUUUCCCCGUCUGAUUCCCAUACACACACGAAAAAAAAUGUUCAAAUGUAUCUUCUUAUUUAACUACGGAAAAACCACCGCAGGGCACACACUAAUUAAGCACAUAGCACAUGCAUUGGCCAAUGUAUGGUUCGUGUUGCUGAGCAUGAAUGGAAAAUAAUUUUCCGAAACAUCAAAUUUUCCAUAUGCAACGUAGCGGAAAAGCUUCCACAUUGGUUGGCGAAAUGUGUUUGAAAGCUUCAAUUCGUCGAUGCACCGAAACCGUGUUCGCUGUUUGAAGUGAUAAAAUUUUAAUUACAAAAUACCAAUCCCGUUUUCCGAACUCUCAUUUGCAAUGGCGGGAGCCCGUUUGCAAUGGGUGGAGUGAUUUUAAUUUUUGCAUGGCGUCCACGGCGGCACUAACAGGGAGAAGCGUCUGUGUCAUUUCGAAAUAUUGCAUCGAUAUACCUAAUCACCAUGGUAAUUGCGAAUGUCCAAAUACAGAAGCUAACAUUAAUCACUUUUAGGAUGGGAAACUGCUUUGCUACUUUGUGUCCAGUUUCUAACCCAAUUUAACUGCAUGAGUUCACCGUUCCGGCGUGUUAUAGAAACAAAACAAUCUAAAACCAUCGUUUUAAUUAAUGUUUUUUUAAACCAACAUUUCCAAACGUCGUAAGCCUAUUAGCACACACAAACACUUAGGUAAACAGUGAUGCACUUUUCCAUGUUCGGUUAGCGUCGGAAAGAAAAGUCAAUAGUUUGGACCCAACCAACCAAAACACAUUCGACGCUAAUGGAUAGCGAAAAUAACGAACUAAAUUGCAUUUUAACGCAACAGCACCCUGAUUGGACAGUUGCAUUUACCAUUUAAACUAACCGAGCACCGUUGUUCUACGUUUGGCGACUGGGAAAAGGCUAUCAAUUGCUGUGCGACUAACCAAAUGACUAUCGUUAACCGACUAGAACGUUGCAUUCCGCUGUAAAUGAAAAAAAAAACAUAUUAAAAGGAAACACAUUAUGCACAGCUUUGUUGAGCUUUGGAUACAUUUUACGGCUGGUUUGAGUUGGGAUACAGCAUAUCCCGGAGACGAUAUAUAAACAACCAACUUUGUCUCGAUACACACAGUUCCAGUGUGAACAGUUUGCUUAACGAAACGUGCAAUUGGAAACUUCUGCAAAUUGUGUUGUGAAAGCGUCGAAUAGGAAAGAUUCAGAAAUGCAUUCACUUAAAGGUCAUCGGUUAAUUAUAGUAGGAACAGUGCUGAUUACGUUGGAGUUGCAAUUUUUCCUGUGCCAGCCAACUACGCCCGAUUUACGGCAGCGAGAAUCAAAGGCACGCAUCGACCAGCUUCAAACAAAAUCGAUGCUACACACUAUCGACUCCAAAGCGAAGCUGGACGGAUUGAACCGUGCAUUGUACGAGCAGCUACAACACAGCCGUGCCAAUCUACGGCCCUUACAAGCAAGAGCCACUCAGCUGCAGCACCAUUUUGAUGCCUUUCAACGUACAGCGCGCCGAGCAACGGCGGAUCCUGCCCGUAAGCGCAACGCACGCAACGAACUAUUACAAGAGGCACAAAGGUUUCGGGCCGCCGUCGAACGUAAGUUGCAAAGCUUCGGUCCCGUUGAUCAGCACUACCGGAACAUGCGAACGGUGCUUCAAUCGAAAUCGAAGAAUGCAGUACUUCCGAGUGGCUGGGUCGACCGUGACACCGAGCGUCAGAUGGAGCUAAACGAGCGUAUCUACAAGAACAUCAUCAACCUGCUGGUACAGCUGAUCGAAUGUCCGGUUAACAUCAUACACGACGUAAUGGGACCGUCCGUAACGACUGUUACGACUCUUCUACCACCAGAAAGUCCUACGGACAAUGGAGUGGAGGAUGAGGACGAUGGCACAACGGAAGGAAACACAUAUUACGACGAACGUGAACCCAUCGAGCUAAACCAAGAUGUCAAUGCCUUACCGUGGCUGGAGGGAUUUCAUUACUAACCCUGCGACGGUACACGAACAAGAAGUUGGUUUUGACCGCGGGAAUAAUUCGGUUGCUACGGUCAAACCCACCAUCGGUGUAAUGAUUGGUGGUGAAACAACUUGGCAACACACCACCAACACGGCGUUCGGGUUUAUUGAGCAUAUUUUUCCACGCAAACCAAAACGGAUGAACAAACAAAACAAAACAAACGCGGGAAAAGCUUUAGGGGAUUGAUUCGGUAUCGAAGCAACAUUUGUAUUCCAAUCUGUACGGCUCUACGGUAGGCCAAAGACCAAAGUGGACGGAUAAUGAUGAUUGUACCUUCAGAAGGAGGAGUUAUCAAACAUGUAAAGCACAAAAUUGUAUUCGUUCCAGUCGCAUGCCUCUAUGGAAGGUAGUAAUCCGACCCGAAUUCAAACACUUCUUGCCUAUCGUUUAAUACUGGUGGCGUUAGAAAGUUGUCUGAACCGUCCUAAUCAUGCUUAAAUAUUAACCAGAUUGCUGAAAAUCCCAUCCAUCCCGCCGGUUCUGCUUUCAAUAAGCUCGCAUAUGCCUGAACCGUUCCAUAAUCACUUCAUGUAGAAAUGUGCCGGAAAAAGGAUUUCCUCACGCGACGCACAAAACCCUACUUUUGCAAAAGCUUUCUCCAGAAUGGAAAGCAAAAAGAAAAACGACAAAAAAGAGAAUAAAAAGUUUUCCUCCCCAAAAAUUUGGGGGGGGAGAA